AUGAGCACCAAGGCCAGAAAAAAGAACAAAAUCACCUGGUUCAUAAAAGCACCCAUUAGGUUGCUCACCAGGGCCCGGGACUUCUACAGCAGAAGCAUGUCGGAGUGCGCCGGACAGUUCAGUGACGGGCCUUACGGCGUCAUUAUGGGCUGCCCAACCACCCCGCAGAUGUUCAAUUUGCCUAGGAGUUUCAGUGUGAACUCAACAUCAAGCAAAGAGGAAGAUUUUAAGGAGCUUAUGAGGGUUGCUUCGACUAGGAGCCAGGGGAGCAAAAUUGAGUUGGAGAUUCUCCGGCGAAGGCAGCCGGAACAAUCACCGGUGGCCGGAGUGAAUGCUGUGCCUCCUAGUCAGAGCAUUGGAAUUGGAAGAAUUGAUGAGGAUAAGCCUUGUGAGAGUUGUGACUUUGGAGGAGAAAUAAAGGUGAAGAAGGUUAUAAAUCCAAGAAGCAGAAGCUAUGCUGUUUCAACAACUGGGAUGAUCUGA